AUGAUAACAAAGUGUAAAUAUUUUGAAGAAGGUAUUCCUGAACCUCCUAAGUUAUGUGACUUUGAAACUAAAUGUCAAGUUGAAUCAAAAAUUGAAGAAACAAAUACAAAUUUAUGUACUCCUGAUUUAGUAAAUAAAAAUGAAAAUGUAUUUGUGCAGAGUGAAAAAGAAACAAGUAAAAAAGAAAAUAUUUCUGAAUAUGUUGAAUCUGGUUCUCUAAAAGCUUGCCAAACCACAGUUUUACAUAAUGAUAGAAAUAUUUCAUGUUCUUCAGAUGACACUACCAAAAAUUUUAAAAUUUUAAAAGAUGCUUGCCAUUACCCUAAUGAAGUACAGUUACUGCAGAAUCAAUUAAAAAAAAAUGUUUGUUCUGAUAGUGAUUGGAUUGGAAAUGUUGAUCUACAUAAAUAUCAUUUCACAUUAAAAAUUCAAGAAUUAAUUUUACCUUUUUCCGAUGAACAAUUAAAAAAUUAUUAUUACAAUGAAGAAUUAGAAAAAAGUAAUAGAUACAUGGAAAACCUGAUAUUUUUAGAAACAAAAAAUCAAUCAUUCAAAGAAGAAGAUGAUUAUUUUUUUAAACUAUUGAAAAAUUAUGCUCAAACAAGAUACAAUUUAAAAAAAGUUCAAGAAAAUGUAGAAAAAAUUAAAAAAAAAAUUGAUACAUCAAUUUCUACCAUGUGGACUCUUCAAGAUGAUGUUAAAAUCACUGAGAAAAAAUGUUGUGAUGAUGGAAAUUUAGUUUCUUUCGAACAAAAAUAUUUUAAAGCACAGUUUAAUUCUAAUGCUUAUGACGAAUUUAAUCAUUUAUUGAAGGAAUAUAAGUAUUUAGCAUUUGAGAUUGUUUUAGAAGACUUAUUUGCGAGUUCAUUUUUAAAAUUUAAAAUUGAGUAUUACUUGCAAAGUUUGAUAACAUCUUGUUCAGAGUUUUCAAAUAUUAAUGAUAGCUCUCCUGUAACCCUUUAUAAAAAUGAUCAAAAUACUUUUUUUCAAAAAUGUUUAAAUGAAAUGAAAAAAACCAUUAGUACAUUAUUUUUUUUUCAAAAAAAACAAGAAUUUAAUGUCGAUGUUUGCUUCGUGGAAGAAAUUAGGGAAUGGAUUUCAGAUUUAGUUUCCAUUUUAAUCAGGAUUAGUAAUUGGGAAGAUCAUCUUUUUAUAAUAAGUCAUAUUAUGAGUUGUUGUGGUGGUGUAGGAGAUUGGGCAGCUCAUUUCAUUCAAUUACCACACUCAAAUUUUUUUGAAGAUCCUUUCGAUAAUUUUCAAAUCAAUCAUAUAAUGACAGUAAUGAAUAUUAUAUUAAAUCCCAUUCAUAAUAAAAGAAAUCUAUGCACGGAGGAAACGGAAAUAACUGAUUUGUGGACGGUAGUGGAUUCCGAUGGAGAAAUAGAGGAUGAAUCAGAGGGAAAAUUACUUUUAAAAGAAAAUGAUCUCGUUUCUAUUUUAAAUCAAAUUCCCUUCAGUGAAUUAUUUAAAAUUAUUUUUGGAAAUAUGAAGAAUGGAGCCAACGAUUUUAUUUCGUCUGAUCACAUUUUAAAAUUAAUAGCAUUUUCAACGGAUUUUAUUAGGAUUUUGUUUAAAGGUUUAAAAUUUUACUGUCGUCAAAAAUAUAAACAGUUUACAAAGCGACUGGGUCGAUUAAUAUGUCACACCGUGUGUUACGUUACGGAAGUUUUUGUUUUAUUUAAAUCACAAAAAAAUUUAGAAGAAAUUGAAUUUGGCAGAGCUCAAGCAGAAUAUGACAAUUUUUUUUUUCGUUCAGCAAAAUUUAUUUAUUCGACGAAAAAACUUGGAACGUGGCAAUUUCUCGUUUCAAUGCCGUUUCAAAUGGUGUCGUUACCAACAAUAAUGAAACUCUAUUCGAUAUUUCAAUUAAACGAACUUCAAGAUGAAUAUACUUUAAAUAUUAAUUUUUCUAAUUUCGAAGAAAAGUUUUUGCUCCUUCCGGAAGAAGAACAAUGCUACAUACUCGCGACUUUUGCAAACAUGGCGGUUGCACGAAAUAUAUCAGAAAUAGAAUUUAUCAAAAAUGUCGUCCUUCAACUAUUUUACAUCGGAUUCGUUAGUGUUAACACAAUCGACUUUUGUUACAAAAAUGUUCAGCAUUUAUUAAAAACUAUUUGUUUAACUCAUCCACAAUUAAUAUCGGAAAUACUGAAAAUGCAGUGUAACGUAUUUUCUACUAAUCCUUUAUAUAACGAACGUCGAAUAUUACAUUUAUGGUUAAAUUUACCAUUGGAAUACUGGAUGCCUAACAAUUUUGAUUUUGAAAUUUUAAGUCUUUGGAUCAUGGAGCCAUCUCAGAGUUUAAAAUAUGAAAUAGUGAGAAUUAUUUUACAAUCUCUUAAUUAUGGUAUCGAUCAAGGGAAAUUGUUUAUGGCGCCAGAAAGUCAUCGCGAAAUAGCUUUUAUUUUAAUGCAAGCCAGUAUAAAAUUAGUAAAUGAAAAUGAAUUUGGUUUUAUAAAAAAUGUAUCUUAUAUGGUUUUACCACAAAACUAUGAUCAUGGUGGUCACGAUUGGAUAUGGGCUACAUUAUUAAAAUUGCGACUCCACUUAUUGGAUAAAACGGAAGCUACUUUGUAUAAAUAUUUCAACGGUUUGGAAGAACACUUGAAACAAAUUCCUGAUGUCGAUUCGAAUUCUGAUUUGCAUCAUUUUGUGAUGAAAAACCAACCGGUAGCUUGUUUUGUGGCAUUGAUGACAACAACUCUUGGACACUCCGUACCUAUUAUAUGCGACAAAGGAUUUGAUCUGAUUGAAGUUUUGCUAGCCGAAGGAAAAUACAAUCAUGGAAUUGCCUGUCUUGAAUUCAUUACUUUAUUAUUUUUAGAGUGUCCUAACUCUCUGUUCGAAUGCAAAAAGUUUUUGUCGAUUCUAUCUCAAAUAAUAGCUGCUGACAAUACAUUGGCUCAAUUAGCUAAAAAUUUAAUAAUGAACAAUUUUCCUGGUCAAAUUUUAAAAAAUUUAAAUUCAAUGAUUCAAAACCAGUUGAAAACGUGUAAAGGAAUACAGUUUCAAAAAUUUUCCGAAUGUGUGCAGCUGUGGUUACAUUCAUUAACAAAACUACCAUCUUGGUCUCAAGAACCGGGCGUCGUGUACAUUUUAGAUAAUUUAUUACAAAACGUUUAUUUUGAUUUCACAACAACUAAAAUAGUAUUAUCCAUUUUGGAAAAUUUAAUGGAAGAAAAUAAAAAAACAAAUGAGUCAAAGUCUUCGCUAUCUUAUUUAAUGGAAAUGAUGAAUUUAAAAUUUAUCACUUCUUCAUUGUCUCUCAAGGAAAUUAAUGGUGAUGUGCCUUGGUUAUCAUACUCAAUAAUACAAAUUCAAUUUGAAAAAUUUGAAAAAAAAAAUAGUCUUUGGUUGGAAUUGUUAAAAGAAAUCAAUUCGACCAUUGAUAAGAAAACUGAUAUUGAUUAUUCGUUAAAAAAAGUAUGCAAUUUUUUGGGAAUUCCAGUAAGGCCUUCGAGUACACUCUCUAUUUAUAAAUGGACACAUCAAAUAUUAAAUACAGAUAUUUCACAUCCUUUGAUUCCGUUAUUCUGGCAAAAAUUUUUUUAUCUGUUUUUCUACAGAGUGUCUGAUGUGACGGAUAGAGGAAGUUUAGGAGAUAAAUUUUUCGAUGGAAUUUUUAAUCAAAGAUUAUUCAUGCAGCUCAAAAACCGCUUGGAAGAUAGUUUGCAAUAUUUUAAAGAUUUGUGUAAAAAGAAUGAAACGGAAAAAGAAAAUCGUUUUGUAAAAUUGUACGAAUUGUUUCAAUCAUUUUCUUUUUGGAUUAACGAUACUAGUUUGCUCAAACCUAAUAUUAACACUUACAUUCUUCCACCAAAGUAUAAUCCAGAAUUAUUGGGAUUAAUAAUACACGGCAGUGAGACUCCAUGGAUUGAUUUUAUUGAUUAUUUUAAAAUUGAAGAAAAUUUUAAGAGUUCCACAUUGCAAUGGUUAAAAAUCAAAAAUAGAAAGGUUUUCGAAAACAAUAAUAAAAAUUCAUAUCAAAAACCGGGAAAAUCCGAUUAUGUAAAAUCCGAAGAAAGAUUCAAUAGUUAUGAGACUCCGCUCCCACCUCCAUUAAUUAAUAAAAAAAAAUAUUCUUUUUCAAGGAUCACUCCGAGUAUUUUAAUGAAUUCAAAAAAUAUGGUGACUUUUAACAAACCUUUUGUUGAAAAAUUAUUUGAAUUUGAAGAACUAAAUAAUUUUUUGGAUAAUGAAUAUACAUCAGUGGUAAAACAAACGUUGGACGUUCUGCCUCAUUUAUACACCAUAAUCACAACGGAAAAAAAGUUAAAAUGUUGUUGCGAUGGAAUAAAUAAAUCAGUGAAUGGAAAAAUCAUUCGUUAUUCUUGCACGGGUCCAGCCGUUUUAAAUAUAAAAUACGAAGAAUCAAAAAUAAAUGAAAAAAUCGAAAGAGAAUUCGAUCAAAGUAAAAAACUAUUGUACGAAAAUCUUAAUAAAAUAGCAAAUUUUUCACCGCCUUAUUUGAGCAUAUCCACCGGCUACGUAGACAUUGCCAUAGAGGAAUUGGUGAAAGAAUAUCAAUCGGCAAAAAAUAAAAACAUGGAUGAAUUAAUUAAUGGAUUUAAAAAGACCGGCAUUGAAACAUUUUACGAAUUUAUUCAAAUUUUACACAAAAACAAAGUGAGAACUCCUCUUUUGAAACAAAUUUUCGAAAGAUUUAUCGAUGUUUUGGGUAAGAAUUUCAUAGAGAACAAUUCAACGGAAACCGGACGAUUGCUUCAAAUCAUUUUAAGCGGUGGUGAUAUUUUGGCGGAAAAACUUAUUAAAUAUUUUUCUCCGAAUACGUCUUCACUCGAUGACUACAUUGUUUAUUAUUCUUACGUACUGGAGAGUGCAUAUCCAAAAAAAUAUUUAAUACUUUCCAAAUUUGAUUUUAAUAAGUUUCUUUUCGAUAAUAAGCCUAAAUUCAGCGCGAGAUCUCGUUUGAUAUCGUUAAUAAAAAUCGGAUUGAUUUCAGCCAGUCGGGAAUUUAAUGAAAACAAAAACUUAUUAAAGGUAUUAAAUGAAAAUUUAGAAGUUUUAUUAAAUUAUGAUUUUCCCGAACACUAUGGAGAAAUAUUAAAUUUUCUAUUGGAAGCUAGUCAAAAUCAAACACUGUGUAAAAGUACAUGGUACACUUUUUUAAAUUCAUUAACUGAUGGGAAAAUUUUACAAAGGAAUAAUAUAACAUCGUGUAAUUACAAUGAAAAUAAAUUUUCAAUCAAACACCUCAAGCAAUAUUUUAUUCAAUGUGCAGGAGAUCAGAAAAUUUCUUUGGAUAUCGUACAGGGAACAAUCAAUGUUUUAGCAUCAAAUUUUAAAAAUGAAAGAUCAAAAUCAACGUGUCACGGUUUAUAUAGAAAAUAUCAGGAAUAUUUCGAACCUUUGAUAACAUUUUUCGGCAUGCUCAGUUAUUCUUGCAUUGCCAAAACGGUUGAAAUAGAUAGGGGAUCACUUUCAGAAAAAUUAACUCAACAAUUAUGGCCGCUCAUAUGCGAAUUGUACUCGCCCUGGUUGAUUCCAUAUCACAACGUGGAAAACGAGGGGGAAUCGAUAAAAUCAACGGACAAUAAUAAUUACGAAAAAACAAUUUGUUGGCCUUGGUCGAUAAACGACAUGAAUUCGGCAUCGAUUUGCGCGACAAUUUUUUCCGAAUCCAUCAAAUUUAUUUUAGAAACUUUACCCGGUUUUAAUAACGUUCUUCGUUACGUUUGGUUUUUUUACGCCAACAAUUUCGGUCACGUUCACGUCAAAGAUCACGUUUUAAACGUCAUACACGAAAGUUUUCUUAUUCUCCCGUGGGAAACGUUUCAUCCGAAUCUUCAAGAUGUCGAAUCGAUGUUGAAAGUGGUCGAUUCUUUUUCUCCCUUCAUGCCUCAUACAUUCGUAGAAAAUAUUUUUAUUAAAAUUAAAUGGAACGAAAUUGUUCAGAGUCAUUUAAAGUUGCAAGAUGAUGAUGAAAUGUCGACAAAAAUCCAUAUUUGCCUGUUAAAUCUUUUUGUUAAAAUUCCAGUAAGCCCAAUUUUUAAACAGGAUGAGAGAGUGAUAAAUUUAUUGAAAUCGGCAAACGAUUACAGUUGGCAUUUUGUAGAUUCACGCCAUUUUGAAAACGUUUUAAAUUAUUUUGUUAAAACCUGUGAUCCUAGAAUAGUUUUAUCCGAUGAUAAAUCAGAUAAUAAAUUAGAAGUGGCAAUACUUGGAUUGCUUCAGUCUUGCGCUGGAUAUGUACCAUUCAAUAAACAAUUUCAUCCGACGACUUUAACGAAAAAAGUAUUUUUCAUAAGAGCCUGGGUAAAAUUGUUAACAAAUUCAAAUAGAAAAUUUCAAACGAAGAAUUUCCAACCUUUAUUAAAGAAAAAUCUCUGGGAAUUGUGGGAUGUCAUGAUUUCAUUUAAUGACGAAACGACAAUAGUUUUCGGUGAAUUUUUUAACGUUUUAAAUGAGCCGGAGUUGUCUUCGGUGGUAAUAAAUAUAUUUAAAGAAUGGCUGAGUAGUCGAAAGUCUUUGAUUAGUAUAUUUGCCGUCCUUCGCUCUCCUGGUACCUGGCUGGAAAAUCCAGAUUUGUACGGGAACAUAACGGAAUUUUCUCUGGAAAUUUAUUUCGAUCACACAGCCAAAGAAGAAAAAAAACAUUUAAAACUUGAGGAUUUAUUACUUUAUUUAACGGAAAUUAAAUUCUGCGAAAAAUCAGAACCGAAAAUUAUCCUCCUCAUAAGUUUUUUAUUAAAUAUGCUGGAGAAAGAAAUGAAAUGGGAUGAAAAAGAAGGAUUAUGUCUACUUUCAAAAUUGCACGAAUUGUUAUUUACAUUUACAGAAGAGAAGGGAACAGGAUUGUUCAUGUUAAUUUCCCUUUGCGUUUGUUCCGGAUUAGAAAUAUAUUCGAAAAAAAAUCAUAUCGAAUUACAAAUGAGAGAACAAAUAAAAGCACUCCAAAUUAUCGAAUCGGCCGAAAAUAAUAAAAUUUACAACGAUUUGAACCAAUAUGUUUCCCAUGCUAAAACACGUCUGAGUGAGCUUACGACAAUAGAAGGAAUAAUAGAAUUUUUAAAAGAUUUCGGUUUUAAACUUUUCAAUAAAAAUUAUCUGACUUGA